AUGAAGAUAAUUGAAUUUGAUAAAUUAGAGUGGAAAUUAACACAACUAAAUAGAAGAAAUCUUGUUGUCAAUGGCAAUGGUCAAGAUUAUACCGAUGGCAAUGAACAACUCAUUGAAUUGAAUAAUGUUCAUAUACCAACUGAUGUUCAUCUUUCUUUGAUGAAUAAUAAAGUCAUACCUGAUUUAUAUGUUGGUGAAAAAGAGUUAGAAUAUAGAUGGAUUUCAUUAUCUGAUUGGCAAUUCUCAACAACAUUUCAGUUGGACCAACAUACUAUAGAUCAAGCUCUACAAAUUGAUUUGGUUUGUGAAUCAAUAGAUACCAUUGCAACCAUCAUUAUAAACGAGCGUGUAGUUGCCAAUGUUGAAAACCAAUUCAGACUUUAUCGAUUCAAUGUUAGCUCUUUUCUAAAGGUUGGAACCAAUCGCAUUGAGAUCAAUAUUUACUCACCGGCUGUCUAUUGUAAGAAGAAAGCAGCCGAAUGUUCCUAUGAAAUUCCACUCUGGGAAUAUCCUAAUGGUAUUCAUCACCGAAAUUUCAUUCGCAAGAAUGGUUGUCAUUUCGGUUGGGAUUGGGGUCCUUGCUUCUGUCCUAUGGGUAUCGAGAAACCAAUCAGACUGGAGGUAAUGGCCAAGGAAAUAACCAUAAGAAAUCUAUUGGUCGAACAGAAACAUCUGGAAAACAAUCGAGUGGAACUUGAGCUGACUAUUGAUAUUUUUGCGCCGACUGCCAUCACUACACCGUCGGUCUGGUCAAUUGAAGUUGUCGAAUACUCGAAUGAAAACAACAGUCCAAUCCAAAAAAUCGAUCAACCAACCGUUGCAUUUGUCACUGAUUCCACUGCCUAUGGUCAUUCAAAGCUACAUGCCAAUAAAAUACUCUUUAAUCCUAAACUUUGGUACCCUGCUGGUUAUGGUAAACAAUUCCUAUACGAAUUGUUGGUAUAUAGAGAUUCAGAGGUGUUGGCAAAGCGUAGAAUCGGUAUUAGAAAUAUGAAGAUUGAUACCUCCGAUGGACAAUUGACUAUUGUUGUAAAUGGACAAAGAAUAUUUGCUCGUGGUGCCGAUUGGAUUCCUGCGGAUACCUUCUUGACGCGAAUCAGUGAAAAAAGAUUGCGUGCACUCUUGACUAGUACGGCGGCUGCCAAUAUGAAUUGUCUACGUGUAUGGGGUGGAGGUAUUUACGAAUCCGCUAGCUUCUACAAUCUAUGUGAUGAACUUGGUAUUCUCAUUUGGCAAGACUUUAUGUUUGCAUGUGCACUCUAUCCUUCGAACAAAGAGUUCCUCGACAAUGUAAAGCAUGAAGUCGAAGAUCAAAUCCAUAGAAUCGGACAUCAUCCAUCGAUUGCACUCUGGUGUGGAAACAAUGAAAACGAACAGGCAUUGGCAGUUUGGAAACCAUCAAAGGAUAAUCCACCUCGCUAUAUCAUCGACUAUAGCAAGCUGUAUAUUGAGACUAUCAUGCCUUCUCUUCAACGAAUGAAACCCUCUGCCUUCUUCCUACCGAGUUCUCCUACGAACGGAGUGAAUCAAUGGGGUGACCCCAAUGAAGAUGGACGUGGUGAUCAACAUUGUUGGUUGGUUUGGCAUAGUAAUAAACCAUUCACUGAGUAUCUCAAAGUUAAGAGUAGAUUCCUCUCUGAAUUUGGAUUCCAAUCGCUACCAAGAGAAGCUGCACUUAGACAGGUCGUUGGAGAGGAUCAACUCAAUAUUACUUCACCAGAGAUGGAAGGUAGACAGAGAUCACCAACACCAGGUAACAAUGGUUUGCUUCAACACACUGCACUUCACUUUAGAGUUCCCAAUUCAUUUAAGAAUCUUUGCUAUACUACUCAAGUACUACAAGCAAUCUCCAUAAAGACUGGAUGUGAACACUGGAGAAGACUGUCACCUUAUUGUAUGGGUACUCUCUAUUGGCAAUUGAACGAUAUUUGGGUUGGACCAUCUUGGUCAUCGAUUGAAUUCGACGGUACAUGGAAAGCACUCCACUAUUUCGCAACUAGAUUCUACAACCCACUUUUACUUUCAAUGUUUGUAAAUGAACAAUCGGAAGUAGAAGCUUGGAUAACCAACGACAGUAACAUUAGUUAUGAAUGUAAUUUACAUUUGGAAAUGUGGAAUGUUGCAAACGCACAGAAAACAUAUGAAUCAGUGGAACAAGUUAAAUCGACAGAAUUUACAAAUGGAAAAGUAAACACAGUUAAAGUAAGUGAUUUAUUUAAUAACUGUUGUAAACCGGAUGCAUAUGGAAGACAAAAUCAAUUCCUCUAUGCAUAUAUGGAAAAGGAUGGAAAGAAACUGGCGGACAACACCUAUUUCUUUGGACCAUAUAAAUAUUUGAAUCUAAAGCCAUCGGGAGUAACCAUUAAGAGUAUCCAAACCAUAGAGCAAUCAAGAGUAUCAACUAUUGAAAUCGAAACCAAGGAAAUUGCUUUGUUUGUUUGGGUAGAAGCAUCGGUAGCCGGUAGAUUCUCUGACAACGGAUUCCUCCUAUUCAAAUCGGAAUCUAAAUCCAUUGAAUUCUAUCCGGAUUACACCAAUAAUAAUGAUUUAAAUCAAAACGACAAACCAUUAGAAUUUAAGGUUUACUCCCUUUAUGAAUCUUAUAAUUAA